GAAUGAACGAAACUGGCGCGCCGAAUGGUAUCACGUGACUAAAUGUCGUGGAACUACAUGUCAACACUGUUGGUGUCUGAAAACUCAUAUAUUGGACUAUUAAGAAUGGAGAACCCACUCCUCUUGGCUCCAUCCUGUAACGUCUUAUAUUUGACAAAAAAUUGUACACAUGUGGAGAUCUCAGUGGAGGUCAUUGCUUUAUGUUUUAAGAUUGAAUAUUUGGAAUAUUCGUUUCUUUUUGGAUACCGUAAUUUGUUUAAACAUUGGCAGUUCAUUUUGAUUUAUUAUUUUAAAGUGUUGGUAAUACUGAAACGACUUAUAUUUGACAAAAAAUCGUAUACAUGUGGAGAUCUCAGUGGAGGUCAUUGCUUUAUGUUUUAAGAUUGAAUAUUUGGAAUAACAGAUUCGGAAUCAUUGAGGGUACUAAAAUGGCUAGUGCAGAUUUGUUAAGGCGUUUAGAAACAAGAGCUGUAGCAGCGGAGCAACUGAUUGAUACUCUGAAAAAAGAGGUGGCUGAAUUAAAGAAAGUUCAUGAUGUUCAUUCUAAAGAGAAUGAAUUAUCAAGGCUACAUAAAGAAAAUGAACAGCUGAAGAAGGAAGUCGAAACGUGGAAAGCUAGAUUAAUACAAUUGGAAAUUUCUCAGAAUAUUGAACAAAUUGAAAUACCUGCCUCAGAGUCUGUAUCUAUGUCAGUCAAAACAGAGGCAAAAGAACAAGUUAUAGAGAAGAAAGUUGUUGGAAAUAAAAAGGAAGAAAAAACAGAAAAGAAGACAACUGAGGCAGGUGGUAAGAAAGAAAUAGAGGCAAAGAAACCAAAGGCAAAUGUUGGAGAUGGAUCUGAAGAAACACCAAUUGAUGUUAGGAGGUUAGAUUUUCGAGUAGGACGUAUUAUGUCUGUGAAGAAACAUCCAGAUGCUGAUUCUUUGUAUGUUGAAGAAAUAGAUGUUGGGGAAUCAAAACCACGAACUGUGGUCAGUGGUUUAGUUAAAUUUGUGCCUAUUGAAGAAAUGGAAAAUCGUCUUGUAGUUUUAUUAUGCAAUUUGAAGCCAGCCAAGAUGCGAGGAAUUACAUCAGAAGCCAUGGUAAUGUGUGCAAGUACACCUGAGAAGGUAGAAGUUCUGAUCCCACCUCAGGGGUCAGUGCCUGGAGACUUGAUCCAUGUGGAAGGAUAUCCACGAGUGCCAGAUCCAGUACUCAAUCCAAAGAAGAAAAUUUUUGAGACUGUUGCUCCAGAUUUGAAAACAAGUGAUAAAAAGAUUGUCACGUAUAAGGGUGCCUCUUUAACAGUUCCUGGAAAAGGAAUUGUUGCUUCACCAAGUCUUGUGGGAGUGAAUGUCAAAUAAACUGUCUUGUAUAAACUUCAAUGUGUUGAAAUAAGUACACUUGUUUUUUAAAAAAAGCUAUAAUUGUUUGAGCGGGGAUUGUUCGUUUUGAUCAAAUAAUAAAUUGCAAAACUUAUUUUGCAAGAUGAAUUUUUCUUCUUUUUUCAUCAACAUUUUUAUUUCAUCUCCUUAUUCAAAG